AUGAAGUUUUCACUCUCCGCUUUGGCUUUGGCCAAUGCCGUCUCGGCAACCCGCUGGAUGGUUUACUACGACCAGUACCACACCACGGCUCCUCCCAACAAGACCCUCACCGCAGGCAUCACACAUGUCAUCACUGCCUUUGCCCAAUCAGACUUGUUCCUCAACUCGUCGGGCAAAUAUGAGCCCUUCAAGCCGCUUUCCGAGAUCCGCGCCUUGUUCGACAAUGGAACAAAGGUCUGCAUGGCCAUCGGUGGAUGGGGAGACAACGUCGGCUUCAGCAAGGCCGCCCUCACCGACGAGAGCCGUAAGGAGUUUGCCAAGAACGUGGCCGCUACCGUCAACAGGCUAGGCUACGAUUGUGUUGACAUGGACUGGGAGUUCCCCGGUGGUAACGGCCAGGACUACAAGCAAAACCCCAACUCUGGUCGUGUCAGCGAGAUUGAGACGUACCCUCUGCUCCUUCAGGACAUCAAGGCGGCCAUCGGCACCAAGGAGCUUUCGAUCGCCGUGCCGGGUAAGGAGGUCGACAUGAUUGCCUACACGGCCGAGCAGGUGCCCAAGAUCAACGCCGCAGUCGACUUCAUCAACGUCAUGGCCUACGACCUGAUGAACCGCCGCGACAACGUCACGCUGCCCCACACGGACGUCAAGGGCUCUGCGGCCGUCAUCGACAAGUACAUUGCGCUCGGCUGCGAGCCCAAGAAGCUCAACCUCGGCUUUGCCUUCUACGCCAAGUGGUUCACGACGGCCAAGGGCGUCGAGUGCACGACCUCUACGGGCUGCGAGACGGCCGUGCUCGAGGACGACAAGGGUGCCGACACGGGCCUCUCGGGCGCCUUCACUUUCGAGGCGGCCAACUUCGCCACCCCUCCCACCAACCUGACCACCACCACGGACGCGUCCUGCGGAGCCAACACCUUCUUCAAGUGCGCCGAGGGCGACUGCUGCAGCCAGUACGGUUUCUGCGGCUCUACUUCGGCCCACUGCGGAACCGGCUGCCAGGCCGGGUACGGCAAGUGCGAUGGCUUCUCGACCAAGGACUCGUUCCAGAAGGCCAUCGCCAACGGCAAGACGGACGAGGCGCUCGGCGCUCAGUGGUACUGGGAUUCGGCCGCCAGCAUCUACUGGACCUGGGACACCACGGCCCUCAUGAAGAAGAAGAUCAACGACAUUGUCUUUGCCAAGGGUCUUGGUGGCGGCUACGCCUGGUCUCUGGGCGAGGACACCUUUGACUACAGCCACCUUGUUACCCUCAGGGAUGGGCUGAAGAAGAAGUGCAAAGCUUGA